AGGGGUUAAAAACCUGCAUCAGCUCACAGUGCAAAAUGCAUGCAUUUCAGCACCCUGGUCAGGGAGUCCCUGUUGCAUUUGUGAAUUAGGACCCUGCAGCUCUGCCUGCUCGUGCACAGCACGAAAUCCAACAGCGGUGAAGUGAAAGAGAGAUAUAGAUCAUUGCAAGAACACUUGUUCAUUGAUAGAGGGGCUGAGAAGCAUUUCAUCCCAGAGGGAGGAGUCAAGCAGUGGAAAGGCCACCAGCAUCCUGCAUCUUACACUUCUGCUAAGGGACUACUACAUACAGGGCUUGAAAGAAACAAUGUAGAAAUCCUAACCCAAGGUGAUACCAAGGGAAAGGAAUGAAGAACUUCUGACACUAGCAAAGGACCCUGCUACCAGCCCCAAAUAACGCUUAGCCGGAUACAAGUGGGUUCAUUCUCGAUCCCUUCAUCUAUUGGAAUACACACAUUAAAUGCAGUUGGACAUGAACUGUAAAGUUAAGUCAUCUGUUUCACAGAUAGAAGCCAUAUUUUUCUUCUGCCUCUUUCUUGGUCUGGCCACUAAUUUUAGUAUGUCACAGACAACUGCAGCUCCUGUCAAGGAAGACACCAAUGACAAUAUCACAAUAUUUACAAGAAUACUUGAUGGUUUGCUUGAUGGAUAUGACAACAGACUUCGCCCUGGCCUAGGAGAGAGAAUCACUCAAGUCAAAACUGACAUUUAUGUCACAAGUUUUGGACCAGUAUCAGACACAGAGAUGGAAUAUACCAUUGAUGUGUUUUUCCGUCAAAGCUGGAAAGAUGAACGACUUUGUUUUCAAGGACCCAUGCCUCGUCUUCCUCUUAAUAAUUUGUUGGCUAGCAAAAUCUGGACACCUGAUACGUUCUUUCAUAAUGGUAAAAAAUCAAUAGCUCACAACAUAACUACUCCAAACAAACUGCUACGCCUUGAGGAUGAUGGCACAUUGCUUUAUACUAUGAGACUGACCAUUUCAGCCGAAUGCCCAAUGCAACUAGAAGACUUUCCCAUGGAUGCCCAUGCAUGCCCCUUAAAAUUUGGAAGUUAUGCAUAUCCUAAUUCAGAACUGAGAUAUGAAUGGACUAAUAUAACAGACAAAUCUGUGGUAGUUGCAGAAGAUGGAUCUCGACUAAAUCAGUACCAUUUAAUUGGUCAAACUGUGGGAACAGAGAAUAUCAGCACAAGCACAGGUGAAUAUACAGUGAUGACAGCACAUUUUCAUCUGAAAAGGAAAAUUGGGUAUUUUGUUAUCCAAACUUACCUUCCCUGCAUAAUGACUGUCAUCUUGUCACAAGUCUCAUUCUGGCUAAACAGGGAGUCAGUGCCGGCUCGAACAGUUUUUGGUGUCACGACUGUGCUAACAAUGACAACUCUGAGUAUCAGUGCACGGAAUUCACUGCCAAAGGUGGCCUAUGCAACAGCAAUGGACUGGUUUAUAGCUGUUUGUUAUGCCUUUGUCUUUUCUGCGCUGAUCGAAUUUGCGACUGUGAAUUACUUUACGAAAAGAAGCUGGGCCUGGGAUGGAAAGAAAGCACUUGAAGCAGCAAAAAUAAAGAAAAAAGAACAAGAAUCAUUAGGAAGAAAGCCUAUUCAUUCAUACGGUGGAAGAAUAUCUUAUACACCAUCUAAAGAUCUCACUUCAUCAGUCAUUGCCAGUGCAGCUUCAAUCCACAUGAAGACUGCAGAAGAAAAAUGUGCAGAGGUUAAAAAGACUUAUAAUAGUGUCAGUAAGAUUGAUAAAAUGUCACGAAUAGUUUUCCCCGUCAUGUUUGGAACGUUCAACUUGGUUUACUGGGCGACGUAUCUGAACAGAGAGCCGGUCAUCAAAGGGGCUGCUUCGGCCAAAGCAUCUCAAGUAUUGCCAAUACACAUAUAAGCCAUAUAUUUGUAGCUGUUCAUAGUUACAAUUUCCAAACUGUAGCUGCUACGCAAUUGCAAGUCGAACAGAUGGAGAAGGAUGUCUGCAGUUACAGUUCAGCAAGGUCCCUGGUUUAUACCAAUGAAACAAAAGUUAUUUACACUUUAUUUAUUUAUGUGCAUUUUAAAAUUGGUUUGCAUGCUUUUUUUGUGCACUUAUCUGAAACAUUUCCACAAUUGAAACUGUCACUACAUAAAAAAAUUAUUCUACUGCCAAACUGCAUUUUUGUUUAAAAAAUUCUGAAUAUGCUGUGAUAUACUUGUUUUCAAUAGGAUUUUUUUUUAACUACAUGCAUAAACAUUGCCAUUAGAAUGCUGUUAAACAAUGCAGUUAUGUGCCAUAUUUUAUACUAAUGGGAACAUUUUAUUCAAUGUGAACAAAAAGUAGAAUAUUUUUGUUUAUUAACUAUUGAACUGCUGCAUGUAGAACUGAUGCAGAGUAGAUCUAGAUACAGUAUAUGCAAGACAUCUUAAUCUCACUUAUAGGAGAUCUCUAGUAAAUUGCAAACCUAUUUAUAUAUUGCCUUUUUAAACUUUAAGGGGCCUAUUUAUUAAACCUCAUUUUUUUCUGGUCAAGCUUUUAAAUAGGAAAACUUGAUUUUUAGAAUUAUAAAAUCCUCACAUUUUAAGAGAUUUAUCAUACCUCAAAUUUGAAAAUAGUCCAGCCAGAUGGCAGAUGUCCCUGAAGAUGUUUCUUGGCAUCAUGAUCUGUGCUGGUUUUCGUUCGAUAAUCCAACAAAUCCGAUAAAGUUUAGUUUUCAGAGCGUUAAAAUUAAAAAGUCGCAAUUGAUGUACAAUUUUGUCACAAUGUUUUUUCGCACAGACUUUUUCAAAAAGAAUUAAUGAUAAAUUAAGGGGAUUGGGUUUUGGAGCUUGGUCGAAUUGUUUUUUUUUUUUAUUUGAUUGAGAAAAGUUGAGUUUUAGUAAACAGUCCCCCUAAAUGUUAGGAUGGUAUUGUCAUAGGAGAAGGCAAAUGCCAUUUGCAACCAAAGUAUUUUGUUCUGUUAGUAUUUUCAUGUGUGCUGACAUUGCUUUAUUUUGCAUACAGAAUGCACAGCAAUUUUUACUAAUUCUGUACAUAGAAUAUGAGCAUGCGUUAACUGGAGUUUAUUUCAGUGACCAUUACGAUGCUACUUUGCUUCCUCAGCUAUUUGAUAACAAUGAAAAAGCGUCAGGACUAUUCUCACAGAUUUUUAGGACAUUUUUGCAACUGAAGUGUGAAUUAUUUCCCAUCACAGACCAUUCCAUUUGUAUAAGUGGUAGCUUUGGCUAUCAGUUGGAAUGUUGUGCAUGAAAUCUGCACAUAUGCUGCUUGAGGGCAUCAAGGGUAUUUAUUGGAAAUUCCAGUUUAAAUCCUUUACAUGUUGUAAAUCUGCACAAACAUUUGUAAAGGAUGUUGUAUUUAUGAAUCUGAUUUAUUGCUUUGAUGACUGGAAUGCCCUGCCUUUAAUGAAGUUAAGAUUACAGAAAAAAAAGUUACACCAAAUUCUGUAAAUACAGACAAUGCUAGAAGCAAAAUGACACUAAUUUUAUAGGAGAGAUGUGAACCCUCAAAAUGCCUUCAAUAAGAUUCAGCAAUUAUUGCAUUUCCUUGUGGACAUUCACCAAGUCGGCGGAUACCCUACAAUCAAGCUGCCUAUAGGAUGAUUAGUGUUGGCCUAAACUCAAGAGCUUCUUCCUUUUAAGUGUGCUUAUUCUUGUGCACAAAAGAAAAAGAUUGACAAUCUG